GGUUCGGACUAGAGAGAGAAAAUAGGGAAUUGACGGAGAGAGAGAGAGAGAAAUGGAUAGGGUGUUUUCUGUAGAGGAUAUAGCUGACCAAUUCUGGUCGCCGCCGCCGGUUCGGCUGUCGCAGGCGGCGGACCUCGACAUAGAUUCCUCCGCCUCAUCUAAAGUGAUGAACCGCAGCUCAUCGGAGUGGGCCUUCCAACGCUUCCUCCAGGAAGCCUCAGCUAACUCCCCUGCCGCAGUCGCCGUCGAUCAGGCUGCUGCUGCUCCGCCGUUUUCGGUUGCCGCUGCUUCCUCCGCCACUUCUAGUUCUCAUUCGCAAAAGUCUCUUCCGAGCGAUGUGGUUGAGAUCCAGGGCGGGAGGCUCGAUGCUAAUCGGAGCUCGGAUUAUGGUUACAAGAGCUCCGGCAACGAGGUGGAGACGGUAACUGCGACUACAACUGCAAAGACGACGUCGUUCGGGUCCGGAGCUGCCCCUGAUAUUCCGAUUGAUUCGGAGGACUACCAGGCAUUCCUCAAAAAGCGCCUCGAUUUGGCUUGCGCCGCCUUUGCUUUGACUCGCGCAAAUAACAUGAAAGCACAAGAUUCAGCCUCGGUGCCUUCUGAAAACACAUCGCUGGCCUCCCAUACGCCACAACCGGGACCUCAGACGCCUGCUAAAGUGCCUGCACAUGAUUUACCUAAGGUGCAAGAGGAGGAGGCUGGAGGGCCUAUUGGAACAUCCCCCUUGCCUGCAAUGCAGAAGAAACUUGUUGCCCAGGUUAAAUCAACAACAAGUGGCUCGGAGCAAUCAGAGGAUGAAGAAGCUGAGGGAGAAGCAGAAACAACUGAUAAAAUGAAUCCUGCUGAUGUAAAACGCGUAAGGAGAAUGCUAUCCAAUAGAGAGUCUGCUAGACGUUCUAGGAGAAGGAAGCAGGCCCACUUGACGGAAUUGGAGACACAGGUUUCUCAAUUGAGAGUUGAAAACUCCUCUUUGUUGAAACGUUUGACCGACAUAAGCCAAAAAUACAAUGAAGCGGCAGUUGACAAUAGAGUCUUGAAAGCAGAUGUUGAGACAUUGAGAGCGAAGGUAAAGAUGGCUGAAGAAGCAGUUAAAAGAGUGACUGGCCUGAAUCCUCUAUUUCAAGCCAUGCCUGAGAUACCUGCAAUGGGCUUGCCACCCUUUGCAGGUAGUCCUGACACAUCUGCUGAUGCUUCUGUACCUGUGCAAGAUGACCUCAAACAUCAUUUCUAUCAACCCCCGUCAAGCACUGGUAUUUCCACCAACAACCCUGGAAUGCAGAAUGGCUUAGUAGACAUUCCUCCAAUUGAUGAUGCACAACAGGGCCCCACAGCAGCAGCCGGGCCAAACAAGAUGGGAAGAACAGCUUCAAUGCAGCGAGUGGCUAGCUUAGAACAUCUUCAGAAGCGAAUCCGUGGAGAAGUAGGAAGUUCCGAGAGAGACCAAAAACAGUGAAGAUUAUUUUGUCAGAUGGCAGACAACUAUUUUUUUUUUCCCAUUGAGCAGAAUGCUCAUUAGUCCUAUGUUUAUGAACUAAAAAUGGUGGCCAUACUCAUUGCAUACUGGAAAACAAAAAAGAAAAAAAAAAUCCGAUUGUGCAGAAAUGAUCCUAUUCUUUGUGUCAUUGUAUCAUGAACUUCUGAUAAUUAAACCUAUAACAUGGUAUUAGUACUGAGCUUCUUCAA